ACAGGUUUCAAAAGAAAAUAAAAACGGAAGUAUAAGAAAUAGCACCCCCUUCACUUCCGGAUUGCAAUGGUCCUAUUUCCAAAUAAGCUAUGAGACUGACAGUGGUCUGUCCCCGCCCAUUUCUGUUUUCUGCAGCGAGGUCCUUCUCAAGUCGCGUGACCUCAGUCUAACUCAUGUUUGUGGAUUUGCCCGGCGGGCAUUUUGGAAAACCUUGCUCGAAGUUCAUCAGCCGAAAAAACAGGAAGUAACUUUCAACUUGAGAGCAACUGUACGCCUUCAGCAGGGACCAGCAGAACGAACAAGUCAAGUGCUUCCUAGAAAUGUGGGUGUUCCUUCGGCCAAAAGAUGAUUCAUGAUCCUCUGUAAAAUUACAAACUGCUACAACCAAGGAAUGACAUUUUGUCAUUAUGUACUGAAGAUUACAGAAGCUCAUCUUUCUACUUAGAAUCAACUGGACUUGGCACAAUCAUAACAGAAAAUCUCAGGAAAACAAAGACCUACCGAUUUCACUAAAGAUCAAAGCAAGCACUACAUUCCUUGACUCAAACCAUGGAGAGGCUUACUCUUUAAAAUAAGGAUAAGAGCCAGAAUUUCCAUUUGGGUGACUUUGCAAUUUGGACCACUCCCAGAGAAAACAGUCCCUACAUGUAUGGUGGACAAGAAGGGACAAACUCAACUGAAUGGGCCUUCAGUUUUUGGUGUGUUUUAGUGUCUCUAAGGAAGAACUACGUCGAGGCUCAACAAAGGAUACCUUGAACAAUUUAGUGACGGAGUCUCCCCAUUCAGACCAAUAUUAAUUUCACACCAAUGUUUUAGUUUUAUAAGAAACGUUAUGGACGAUUCUCAAAGCUUCUAUCAGAAAAUGUUCUUACAUUCAUCUCUUCAUUGUCAACCAUCCACUGUCGGUGCCUUUACAGACAAUAUACUGACAAAUGACCAAAUAUGUGAAUGGAUUGCUUCCACGGUUUCCGAAUUUAGGUACGCAAGAGAACAUGGUGUGUUCACCAACAGAACCUGUGAGCAAUGCGACACUCUGCUCCAACCUGAAACCAGCACGUCACCUCCCACCUUGGUAGUCAGCCACCCCCAGGCCUCCAUCUCUGAUAAAGACGAUGAGCACAAGCAAAGUUCUAACCUAACUGUUUCUCAGCGGGGCUCCCUCACAGUUGGUCAGUCACCUGAAGAAGACGGUUUGAGGACAACUACAAAAUCAAGUUCCGAGAAGAAAGAACACUCACAGAUCCUGUCAGAAAUCUCCAGCACCCAUGGGAAGAAGGAUGAACAGAAUCCUGUCGUUAACACUACCAUUGACGCCUUUAUCAGUGAUAAACUGAUAAAGGAGUCCAGUCGAACAGUGGAUGGCAAUUCAUCAGAUAAAGACUCCAUGUUUCGGUUAGAUGGCAGCAGGACUUUAGAUGACAAAGACGGAAAAAGUGAAGUUUGUCAGCAGCAAAAGGGGAAUGAAGUCAAAGAGGGGAGAGUAGUAGCUGCCUCGAGGUCAAGUACAACCAAAGAGUCCAGGAAAGCUGGUAAAACUGAAACUGAUAGAGCAGGCUCAACGAGUUCACGCCAACAGAACUCAACCAAUGUAUUGGACAAAAGGUUCCAGCAAACCAAACCUAACCAUCCAGCACAAAGCAACACAAAUGGAACACCAAAUUUUCCAAUUCUAACUGAUCCUCUGUAUCAUGAUAAUUCAGAUGUGCUGAGGGUAGCGCAAUAUGAAGACGUAAGUGAAGAUGAGAAUCAGGACAGUGGGAAGAUGAGCUCUACCCCACCUGUUGUGUCUGAGGCCUUCAGUAAAACAUUAGAGAAUGUGCAGAUUUACGAUUCUCCCAAUACACCCACACUCGAUGAAAUAACAGAUGUCCAUUCUCCGUAUUCUGUUGAAACUGCUGAUGAGUCAGAACAUAACUUGUGUAUUGAGAGAGAUCUUGGAGGGCAGACAAACCACUUCUAUGAGGAAUUUGAAUUUGAAGAGUCUGAUGAGGAGAGUGAUGUUGAGUUUGAAGUGGUACCUGUAAUAAUGUCAGACCUUAACCCUGAACCGGUGGAAGAGGAGCCUGCUUUAGGAAAAGUGAUACAACAUGACGGUGAUCAUGAAAACCAAAUACACCAGCAUGGUGUAAGUACAAGACAAAGUUGUGCUCCAAAGCCGGUACCAGCAUCUGCAUUUUCCAAGAUGGCCAUCUUUGACACGCCAGACGAUCAAGAACAGGCCAUUAGAUGUGGUCAGGUUUCCUUUGUCGCACUCCCCUGUGGCAGCCCUGAGUCAACAUCAGGACAAGGUGAGGACAGUUGUCCCACUGAGGACAGUUGUUCUUAUUCAUCUGGUCCUGAGUGCAACUAUAUGACUGUGUCCAAGGAGCUAUACAAGAGCAUAUCAUCUGCCCAAAGAAAGACUGACCACUGCGUCCCCGAAAACAGGGAGGAUGUGCAAGUGCCUCCAGAUGAUGGUAUAAUUGACAACAUGGCUUUGGAUGCGGAAGAUGACCACUGCGAGUCAGAGAUGAAGAAACAGUCUCAACCUUCAGAGAACUCUAAACAAAAUUAUGAAAGUGUUGUGAUUAUUUUGUCUGACUCAGAUGAAGAAGGUAGGGAAAAUCACAAUAUGGCAAAGAUGGCUUCGACUGCAACUUCAGUAGACUGUGGCAGAGGUUCUUCGAACACAGCAACUCCUGAAGUAGCAAGAUUGGACAAGAACCAAAAGAGCAGUAGGUCAAGAGUGAGUUGCCAACAGUCUGACAGUGAAGAUCCGACAAGAGAGGUUAUCUCAGUGGAAGCAGAGGACAGUGACGACUUCUCAAAUACAUGUGUAAAUGUUUUGGUUCCUGAAAGGAAAAAACAGAGAACAGCCUUUAGCCAUCCCAGACUUUUAUCAGAGGCAGAAGUCACUAAAAACGUAUACAUAAUUGAUCGCAUGAUUUUUAAAGAAUCUAAAACUGGUGAGCCGGCUACACUUGUCAGGGUACCCAGAGACCCCAGGCAAGGACCACGUGAAUCCAUGUCAAUGGCAAAGUCUUCAUUUACAGAGGGGGAUGGGAUUAGAGAGCAACCUGACAAACCUGCCUCCAUCCCCACUAGAACUCAUGUAGAAGCCCACAGGAACUCCCAUAGACGCAUCAUGCAUGCUUCACCGUCUCCCUCCUCUGCGAUGGAUCAUUGCUUCACUCCUGCAAUGUUUCCGUCAUCUUCAGCUCCUGUUCAGUCAAUGCAAGUCGUCAGCCAUGCAAGGAGAAAAGUGUUUAGAACCUGGAAAGAUCAGCAUGUCCCUCUGCGCAGGGAGAAAAAACACAAGAGGGCAAAUGCCAUCAGACAUCCUCGCUAGAUGGUUUGUCAGCAGCUCAGAUGCCAAUGGUUUUUCCCAGGCUAUGAUGAUCACUGAGAAUUCCAUUUGUUCAUUUACAUUUUAUUCAUAAUUCUAUUAAACAGUAAAAUAUGUAUAAAGUAUCACAUUCUAGAUGUUAUAAAUAUAUCUUACUGUCUUACUUCCAGUAUUGCACCUCAUUGUUUUUUUGGGACAAAUGUAAAUUUGAAAUGCCACAUCUGAGUGUUUUAUCAACCUCAUGUUGUACUGAACAUUUGACUUAAAUCCUGACUGCUCACCUACACCUAGUUUUGUUCUUUUUCUCAAGUGUAGCGCUGACUUCAAAAUUAAACUUUAUAUGCCUUCGGAGCUGUAUCACUGCUGUUUGUAUUUCACCACAGGGUAAGCUGGCAUGAAGGUUUUAUUUCUAUAUGAUACAUUACGAAGUAAGGUUUAUUUCAUGUUUUUUUUCCACAGUUAAAUACAGCAAAGCAAAGUAACUGAAACCUGGAGGAGAGUAAAGUUUUUUGCUGAGAAAUGAAGUCCGACUAAGCAGUCUGUUUGUGUACUGGGCAAUCAAUAUCUGCACUUGCUGCUUUUGUUUUUGAUACGUUAGGACUGGUAUGGAGAAAAUCAACCUGUGAUUGGGUCGUUUCCAAGUUAUCCUCUUCCUCUGCAAUGCAGUCAUAUAUCAGGGUCUGUAUUUUCAACUUUUCUCAGUCCUCUCAGAGCUCCUGUCUUCGCUAAAUGGUUCUGUCAAGGAGUCUUAGCUUGGAAUGACAGCAUUUAUUAACUUUGAGAGGUGUGGUUGACCCUGUUCCAAUGUAUGGGUGGACCUCAUUGCUAAGUGUGAUGCUCUUCAAGAGACUGGUUGAUCUACUUGAUUAAUGGGGCAUUACUACCACCAACUGGUAAGAAAUGUGGACCAAAUGUAAGCCCCUACCUCCUUGUAGGGGUAGGGGCUACAAAAAAAAAAAAAAAGAAAUCACACUAUUAAAAUUACACUCUUAAAAAU